CUCGGCCUCCUCUCCUGUUAUCUUCGCGUUUUCCUUCCCACCUUGCGAUCAUCGCCCCCGCGACGAGCGGCGUCGCGCCUCGGUCACUCGCCCAACGCCUCGGCGAGGAUUGUUUAAAUUGUUAAAAUAUCGCGUGUAAGAUGCCAGGCAUCACCGUGAAGGACGUGAACCAGCAGGAGUUUGUGAAGGCCCUCGCGGCCUUCCUCAAGAAGUCGGGCAAGCUCAAGAAGCCCGACUGGGUGGAUACAGUGAAGCUGGCCAAACACAAGGAGCUGGCGCCCUACGAUGGGGACUGGUACUACGUGCGCGCUGCCUCAGUGGUGAGACACUUGUACCUGCGCGGCGGCGUCGGGGUCGGCGCCAUGACCAAGAUCUACGGCGGUCGGCAGCGCAACGGCACCAAGCCGAGCCACUUCUCGCGCGGCUCCAAGAACGUCGCUCGCAAGGUCCUGCAGUCCCUCGAGAGCCUCAAGAUGGUGGAGAAGGAUCCCACCGGGGGAAGGAGGCUGACACCCACAGGGCAGAGGGACCUCGACAGAAUCGCUGGACAGGUUGCCGGAGCAACGCCAAAGAAGCACUGAGUGUGCGCGCCUGUUCACUCGCAUGGAAACCAGAUAAAUAAAAUCCACAUUCUCACA